ACGCAACUUCCUCGCCGCCCUGCUCCUAGGCACGAGAACCUAGCCUUUUGACCUAAGUACCAUUACUACGCCAUUCACACAGCUUUUCUAGCUUAUCGGUCGCAUUCCUUUGCAGGUUACUGCGAAGCCAAGAGAAGUACAACCGAGUGUUCCAAUCAUACUGAAGCCAGCCAUGAAAGCCAGUAAAAAUCAGCUGAGAAGAGCAAAGAAGAAAGCUCUGAAGUCUCAGAUUAUCCGCGGCACGCCUAAUGGGCAAUCUGCGGGCCAUGACGACCCUUCGCUCCCUGGACCCGAAGUUAUUUCGCAAACCUUUCAGAGUAUCAUAGCUUCGGCGAGGGAUGAUUCACUGUGGCAUUUGUAUAAGGACGUCAUUGGCAAAUUUGAAGACUCCGAAGAUGGAAGAUCGGAAACAAAGGAGCUUCCCAGACCUAUUAUUUAUUUCGAUGACGAUAAUGAAAUCCCGGACGAAGAGGCCAAAGAGCCUAUUCUGUCAAGACGAAAACGGAAGGAGUUGAACAAACUUUCUGUCGCCGAAUUGAAGGCAAUGGUUCGAAAGCCAGAGAUUGUUGAAUGGACGGACACAUCAGCGCCCGAUCCACGGCUGCUUGUUCACCUCAAAUCGCAUCGAAACGUUGUUCCUGUACCAGCGCACUGGUCAUUGAAGCGAGAAUAUCUAUCCUCUAAACGAGGAGUUGAAAAGGCUCCGUUUGCAUUGCCGAAGUUCAUUCAGGAAACGGGGAUAUCUGAGAUGCGUGAUGCUGCUUUAGAGAAGCAAGAGCAGGCGACUUUGAAACAAAAGCAAAGAGAGAGGGUUCAGCCGAAGAUGGGAAGGUUGGAUAUCGAUUACCAAAAGCUCUAUGAAGCAUUUUUUCGAUUUCAAACAAAGCCAGAACUCACACGUUACGGGGAGGUUUACUACGAGGGCAAGGAAUAUGAGACUAAUCUAAGACAUCUUCGGCCUGGAGAGCUUAGUGCUGAGUUAAAAGAGGCUUUGAAUAUGCCCCCGGGUGCUCCACCUCCAUGGUUGAUCAAUCAACAACGUUAUGGUCCACCUCCAUCCUAUCCUGCUCUCAAAAUACCAGGUCUGAACGCUCCCCCGCCUCCAGGCGCGAUGUGGGGAUAUCACCCGGGUGGAUAUGGAAAGCCUCCGGUCGAUGAGCAUAAUAGGCCCCUCUACGGUGGUGACAUCUUCGGUGUUCUGCAGCCUCAGCAGGCUGUCCAGCAGGGUGAGCCUGUGGAGAAGGAUCUUUGGGGCGAAUUGCAGGCACCGGAGUUAAGUGAUGAUGAGAGCGAUGACGAUGAAGAAGACGCAGCUAGCAGUGUUGGGGAUGGUGAUGAGGAUGUGGACACGGGAAUGCAAACUCCUAGUGGUUUGGAGACGCCCAGUGGGUUGACAUCCGCUGUUCCAACGGAGACAGGCGGCCCUGAAAGCAUUGCUGGUGAGUUCGACGUGCGGAAGCAUUAUCGAGGAACUCAAACAGAGGAAUCCGCGGCCCAGAGAAGCGCCUUCCAGAUUAUCCCUGAGAGGCAGGCUCAUGUCCAGGGAUUUUUUGGGGCUGAUAGAGUCUAUGAUCUUCACAAAACCUCGGACAGCCUACCGGUUCUGGGAUCUGAUGACAGCACCAGAAAGCGGAAAAAGCCGGGUGAUGUCGAUGUUUCUUUUGACCCAGAUGCUUUGCAGACGGGAGACGGAAUGGGGCAGGCUGAUAUCAGGAGACUCUACGAGUCACAGAAGCAUCGCGACAUGGACCCUGGGUGGAAUUUCCAGGAGGACUUGAGUGACAUGAUUGCUCAUGAGAGUCGUAAAAGGCUGAGAAAAGAGGAAGAGAAACGUAAGAGAUAGAAGGUACAUUCUAGUACUUAGUCAGGUCAUAGAAGCAGGGUGACUGAAGCAGACUCCACUGUUCCACCAUUGCGAGUUCUGCUGUUCUCGACCUGGUGCUCUUAUCAGUUGCUGGAAUUAGAUGUUAAGCUAUCCUGGACUCUCUGUUUUUACUGUUAGGCGAAUCAACUAAACCUUUUCCUAAAUUAUAGAUGUGAGAUACUAUACUUUUCUACUGAGCCUCGGCUGACUAUCUCU